AUGAUAGCCAUGUUUUUCAAGCUUCUAAUACUCGCACUUGCAAACCUAGCAGCAGCUGAAGAUGUUAAUUUCACCUACAAUGGUUUCCGGUCUGCUAAUCUUAGCCUUGACGGCAAUGCCCAAUUCACACCGAAUGGUCUUUUGAUGGUGACGAAUGACACUGAAGAGCAAAAGGGCCAUGCCUUCUACCCCAACCCAGUUACCUUCAAGAACCCAUAUUCCAAUUCCAAUGUUUUCUCCUUUUCUACCACUUUUGUCUUUGCUAUCAGGUCAGUAUCUGCAACUCUGGGUGGCCAUGGAAUGGCCUUUGUCAUUGCUCCGAAAAGAGGGUUUCCUGGAGCUUCUGGCAGCCCUUUCCUAGGCCUUUUCAACCGGACCAACAAUGGCAAUCCCACCAAUCAUGUUUUUGCUGUAGAGCUUGACACUGUACGGUCCGCCGCGUUCAAUGACAUCAAUAACAACCAUGUUGGGAUUGAUAUUAAUUGUUUGAACUCGACGGACUCUGCUAGUGCAUCAUACUAUGCUAAAAAGAAUGGCGGGUUACGGAACUUGACCCUCAACAGUGGUAAACCAAUGCAACUUUGGGUGGAAUAUGAUGGUACCCAUAAACAAAUCAAUGUCACUUUGGCUCCAAUCAAUGUUGAUAAACCUCAUGCUCCACUUAUUUCUUUAAACCAUGACCUCGCCCCAAUCCUUAACAAAACCAUGUACGUUGGCUUCUCCUCCUCCACUGGCUCAGUUCCCACGUCUCAUUAUAUUUUGGGCUGGAGCUUUAAGAUGAAUGGCCAGGCUCAAGAACUUGUUCUCUCACAACUCCCCAAGCUGCCCCGGGUAGGAGCAAUCUCUGGUGUAAUUUAUGCCAUAAGAAGGAAGAGGAAGUUUGCAGAGCUACUUGAAGAUUGGGAGCUUGAGUAUGGGCCUCAGAGGUUUAAGUACAAAGAAUUAUAUAUUGCCACCAAAGGGUUUAGGGAAAAGGAACUUCUAGGAAGAGGGGGAUUUGGUAAGGUCUAUAAAGGCAUAUUACCCACCUCUAAAACUGAGAUUGCUGUGAAGAGGAUCUCACAUGAAUCAAGACAGGGGAUGAAGGAAUUUGUGGCAGAAAUUGUGAGCAUCGGCAGGCUUCGUCAUCGGAAUUUAGUACCACUCUUGGGCUAUUGCAGAAGAAAAGGGGAGCUACUCUUGGUCUAUGACUACAUGCGUAAUGGAAGCCUGGAUAAGUACCUCUAUAACCAACCAACGGCCACUCUCAAUUGGGGCCAGAGGUUUAAAGUCAUUAGAGGUGUAGCUUCAGGGUUGUUUUAUCUUCAUGAAGAAUGGGAACAAGUUGUGGUUCACAGGGAUGUCAAGGCAAGUAAUGUAUUACUAGAUGGGGAGUUGAAUGGAAGACUAGGAGACUUUGGCCUUGCAAGAUUAUACGACCAUGGCACAGACCCUCAAACUACUCAUAUAGUUGGAACAGUCGGGUACCUUGCUCCCGAGCAGGCAAGAUCCGGCAAGGCCACAACGAGCACUGAUGUGUUUUCUUUUGGGGCAUUUUUGCUUGAAGUUGCCUGUGGAAGAAGGCCAAUAGAGACACAAGGUCCACUUCAGGGUGUGAUAUUGGUUGAUUGGGUGUUUUCUUGUUGGAAGAAAGGUAAUAUUCUUGAGGCAAGAGAUGGAAACUUGGGCACAGAAAUUAUAUCCAAGGAAGUGGAACUGGUGUUGAAGCUUGGGCUGUUGUGCUCUCAUUCAGAGCCUUCAGCUAGGCCAAGCAUGCGCCAAGUUGUGCAGUAUUUGGAAGGUGACAUUGCUUUCCCAGAGCUCUUAUUUCUUGGGCACUCUUCCAGUGGCUUGACCUUUGCGCCCCAUGAAGGUUCUGAUGAUUUUGCAAAGUCAUAUCCGUCUUCUUCUUUCACGGGGCUUUCAUAUGUUGAGUCGACACUUCUCUCAGGUGGUCGUUGA